AUGGCGAAUAUUACGGCGAAACAGGUUCUAUGGUACAUUCCCAACCAAAUUGGAUAUACGCGGGUCUUUACCGCGAUUCUGUCGUUUUUUCUGAUGGCUAAGCAUCCGAUAUGGACAACCUGGAUUUACGGAGUCUCUUGUCUUUUGGACGCUCUUGACGGCACGAUGGCCCGCAAGUACAAUCAAACAAGCGGCUUCGGGGCCGUGCUCGAUAUGGUCACGGAUAGAUCAACCACAAGCUCCUUGAUCUGCUAUCUGUGUGUGGUAUUUCCUAAAUAUGCGCCACUAUUCCAACUUCUGAUCUCUCUGGACCUCUCGAGCCACUACAUGCACAUGUACGCCACGCUAAGCUCCGGUGGCGCCUCCCACAAGAGCAUCGAAAAGGAGCAGUGGCUCCUGUACCUCUACUACAGCCGUCGUUCCGUUUUGUUCACCGUAUGUGCGUUCAACGAAAUUUUCUAUCUGGCCCUAUAUCUGUAUUCCUUCCCGCAACUAUGGCAUUUUAGCCUGCCAAUUUUCGGCUCCACUCACGUCGGUGCCAUUAUCGGAGUGAUAUGUUUGCCAGGUUACGUUUUCAAGCAGAUUGCAAACGUAAUACAGAUGAAUCGUGCCGCCAUGCUUUUGGCAACCAAGGAUGCCGACAACGCUAAUUUAAAGCGUACGUAG